CACGCUCAAGGCUCCUGGUCAGCUCAACUAUAUGUGAUUGCUGAGCUUUUCUGCUUUUCAGGUAAACACAAAGAGUCACUGUCUGGUCUUACCGGGGGGAAAGGUGAGAGAUCGGUUGAAGGCUGGAGCCAUGGUGCGCAACGUGGAUGAUCUGGACUUAUGCCUGUCCUCACACCCUCAAACGAUCCUUGAAGGCCUCAGGUCCUUCUGCUCUCAUCCCAAGUUGAUCGAUCUGACCCUGAGUGUGAAUGGGCGUGAGUUUCCUUGCCAUCGAAGUGUGCUGGCCCUCUGUAGCCUCUACUUCCGCUCCAUGUUCUGUGGAGAUUUUGUGGAAAGUAUUGCCGCUAAGGUGGAGUUGCAUGAUGUGGAUCCUGAUGUAUUCAGCAGCCUCCUUGACUUUGCCUACACUGGAAAACUGACUAUCAACCAAGAGAAUGUGGAGGGACUCAUCCGCACCUCCAGCCAGCUGCAGUUCCAGGCUGUGCGUGCUGUCUGUAGUCGCUACCUGCAGAAUCAGAUUGAUGCCACCAACUGCUUAGGUAUCCUGGAGUUUGGGGAGAUACAUGGUUGCCCAGAGGUGGUUGCUAAGGCUUGGGGUUUUCUUCGGGAGAACUUUGAAUCUGUGAUACAUGGGGAAGAAUUCUUGACGCUGGAGAAGGAUAGGCUUGUGGCCUGCCUGUCUGCUGAAGGCCUGCAGACUCGGGAUGAGUGCACUCGUGUGGAGGCAGUGCUCUCCUGGGUGAGACAUCAAGAAGGCUCUCGUCUGCCCUGUCUCCCAGAACUUCUCAGUCUGACACAUCUCUCUCUCUUGCCCCAUGAGUACAUCACUGAAAUUCUUCUGAAGGACAGUGCAGUCCUGUUGUCUCGCAGUGCCAGGGAGGUUGUGGAGAGCUCUUGUCGAGAGAUAUUGGAUUUGCAUCCAGGAGCUUUAGUACAAAGAAGUUCCCAGAGUCCUCAACCAAACCUGCAAGAGGUCCUGUUUGUAAUGGGAGGCCGGUCACUUGAUGACUCUGAUGAUGAAGGUGAUGAGGAAGAAGAAGGCAGGCCACAAAGAAUUCUUCCAAGAAACUGUGCAUUCUACAACACAAAGAGCAGACAAUGGCAUCUGCUUCCUGAUUUUCCAAAUUACAACAAGUGGGGUUAUUCUGUGGUCUCACUGAACAAUGACGUGUAUGUCACAGGAGGUUCCCGAGGCUCUAGUACUCAGACUUGGUCGACCACAGAGACCUGGAAGUACAUCACUCGAGAGGGGAAGUGGGUAACAGUGGCUCCAAUGCUGAGGCCCAGAACAAACCACACCUCGGCAGCACUUAACGGAGAGAUUUACGUCAUCGGAGGCACUACGAUGGAUUGCGUGGAGGUCGAACACUAUGACCCCUACAGUGACAGCUGGUCUGUCAUAGGUCCCGCUCUGAAAUAUGUGACAAACUUCACUGCCAGUGCAUGCAAAGGAAAGCUCUACUUGAUAGGCUCUUGCGCUGUCAAGUACAAUGUACUCACUUUGCAGUGCUACAACCCUGUCAUUGAUGGCUGGAGCAUCAUUUAUUCACCUUUCAUUCCCAAAUAUCUAUCCUCUCCUCGUUCUGUCAGUUUGGAUGGUGUCAUUUACUUAAUUGCUGAUAAUACCAAGAAAGUGUACUGCUAUGAUCCCGAGGCUAAUAUGUGGGAAAAGGUACAGUUCCUUCACACCCUUCAUGAGAAUGGGAGCAUAGUGGCACUAGGGGGGAAACUUUAUGUAACCGGUGGGCACUGGAAGGGCAUGGAAGGAGAUUAUUGGGUUGAGGUGGAGGUGUAUAACUGUGCGUCCAGUUCGUGGCAUGUUGAAUGUUUUCUGCCCAGGCUAUGGUUCUACAGUGGGUCAUGCUCUGUCUUUGUGGACCCCUUGCAGUGGUCAGAACCAUUCCCGCCAGAUGAAACUUAAGGGUGGUCACACUAGAAGAACAAUGGAGUCAGAGAUCAUUGCUCUUACUGCUGUAUCUGAAACUGUU